AGAAGAAGGAAGCCAGUUGAGAGCUGAUCAAGACACAGGCCCUGGCAUGCACACGGCAGUCAGACGGAAAUCAGAAGAACAUGGAGGAAGUAUCUCUUGAGCUGAUCGGUCUCUGCGUCGCAAUCUACCACAAGGCGAAGAAUGCGCAGAGCAACAAGGAGCGCUGCCAGUCUUUGGCCCAGAGGGUCAAGUCCCUUGAGAAACUGGUCGUCGCCAUCAAGAAACGAGGCCGACGUCGCAUCUCGUCGGUGGAGAUGGAGUGUUUGAAAGAACUGCAUGACACUCUAACUGCUGCAAAACAGCUCAUUGAGAAAUAUUCUGUGACCAGCGCAUUUGUGGGCUUCGUGAAAUCCUCCUCCCACGAAGAGAAGUUCAGCAAAAUGAAUGACAGGAUAACGUGCAACUUUGAACUUCUUCGCGGGGCCAUGCAGAUUGAGCAGGAGGACAUGAUGAACAAAAUUUUCGACAAAGUAGAAGGAGGGACCCGAGUCAGGAGGGAAGUAAGCCAACCACCAUCAUCAUCAUCCACUGCCUCAAACAGGAGAAAUUCGCACAGAACCUCCUCUGCUCUCAACAUAACCCCUGCCACCACUGUAGCCAGGACUGCGGCCACUCCAGCUCCCACGACUGAAGCCAGGACUGUGGUCUCGCCAGCUCCCACCACUGUAGCCAGGGCGGUGGCCACUCCAGCUCCCACCACUUUAGCCAGGGCAGUGGCCACUCCAGCAGCCACGACUGUAGCCAGGGCGGUGGCCACUCCAGCAGCCACGACUGUAGCCAGGGCGGUGGCCACUCCAGCUCCCACCACUUUAGCCAGGGCAGUGGCCACUCCAGCAGCCACGACUGAGAUCACAACUGUGGCCAGUCCUCUCACUCCCUCUCCCACUACCAAUCCCUACUACAGUCCAGUCAUCCACUUCAUGGCAUCACCAACCGUUCCAGUCAUGAACCGAAUGAUGGCGAUUUCACCUGGAGCGGUCUCUUACGUCACCUCCAGUACCUCCUACCUGCCCCGGGGAUCAAGCGUUUCCGUCAGUGUCACCUCUGCCCACAACAGUUUCUGUCCAACUGUGACCCCGCUGUCGUUCCCCUACAACAUGGGUUCUACCCAAUCAUGGACUGUGCCACUUUCACCUCAAAAUACAGCUGUCAUUACGACUCCGAAUUACUAUGUAAUUCACUGAAACAAGAAAAUAUACUAUACUAUAUGCUAAUAUAGUAUUGUCAAUGAUGUUGCCUUUGCUACUGUCAGUAAUCUAUGAAUGUUUUAGGGUGACUAACUGCAAUGGAGAUACAAGUAUUUAAGCAAGACCUUCAGGUAGGAACUGGGCUGGCGGUGAAGUGGCUGGAUGUCGUCGGUGUUAUCUAGGUUCAUUUUGAAGAUUUCAAGUGAUAUCAGUUGCACUGCUGUACUGUCGGUCAUGUGACCAGAACUGUUACUUUACUUUGAAAAAAAUGAAAAUACAGUCAAAUCACUGAAAUACAUCAAAUGUCAUGUGACUAUGGUGGAUAGUGUGGAUCAGUGUUGAAGGUUUUCUCAUUCAUCCCAUGCUGCUCUUCUGAACCCUUUCUGUGCUUCAAGUGAGCUACUGCCACCUGCUGUCCGAUGUUCAGUUCAUUGCAGUCAGGAGAUC